AUGGGCGGCCAGGUCUCUGCACUUGCUCGGCGCCUCGAGGCGAUCAUGGGCGCAGGUGCUGCGCCUCGCACAGCUUUGGCGCCGGCAUGCACCGGAGGCCCUGAGCCACCUUUACCUCCGGGUGUGCUGGGCCUAGAACUCUACGAGCUUCUCGAGGCCUCCUCCUCCAUGGGCCCCGAGCAGGUGGUUGCAUGGCAGCGCUGGGUUCAGUUGCCGGCCAAGGGCGCUCCGGCGGCAGAUGCGAUCCCUUGGCAGAAGCUGGCAACCAGGAGUGCUCUGCUGCUGGCAGAGGCGGCCGCGGAGGCAGUGGACCCGGCAACUGCUGAGCUCCCUUCCAUGCGGACGGCAGCUGCGGGUGAAGCGCCGCCUUGGCUCUUACACCUUUGUCGCAACCUGGAGGCCUUGGAUGCCGUGCUCUCGACCCUGGGCUCCCUCCAGGCGGCGAGCUUAGCCGAGGAGGUGCUCCCGAAGCUGGAUAGCGUGUGGGACGUGCUGCGCCGCCACGCCAAGACAUCGCUGCUGAAACCGGUAGUGCCGGAGAGCCGAACUACGACCCUCCGUGACGAGCGCCUGGCCGCUGGAGAUGUGUCGCGCCCAGCGCCGCGGGCUGCCACGCCGGUGCUCUGCGAGGAAGCACUGCGGCUGCCGCUGCAGAUCUUGGCGCGAUGCUCGGAAACUGGCCCCGAGGCCCUUGGCGCCCAAGAACUCUGGGACUUGGCAAACGGCGACCUUGGCUUGGUAGCCUGCAGUGCCGUAGCGGCCAUGCGCGCGCCAGGACUUCGUGCAUCCGUGCGCUUGAAGAGAAGCCUCUGGCGGUCGCUGAAGGAGUUGGCCAGUAGCCAUUAUUUCUCAAGCAGCCUUUCCGUCUCCAAGGAGAAGAGCUCCGAGAUGAGUUUAGGGGACCUGGUGUCCGAACACCCACCCUUUGCACAUGCCAUGGCUUCCUGCCUAAUACAGGCGGAUGCCCUGGAGGUUUGCUGUGACGCUGCAGGGAGCACUGCAGAGGCGGAAGAUCGGCUGAUGGCUGUCUCGGCCUGCAUGGAGCUUCUUCACAGCCUCUGCGCCGGCCCCAACUCCUGGGGCGCCUCGAAGCUCCUGGGUCGUCGCAUCACCGUGCUGUGGCCGCGAUUUGGCUACCGCGUUCUCGCGCCCCAGCUACGGCGGCUGCUGCAGGCCUCGGAGUCGGGAGGCUCGGGAGCCCGGGCCGCGCGCGAGCUCCGCCGGGAUCUCCGGACCAUGGCGUGGCUUCUCUACCACGCCCCGGAGCUUGGCCCCUUUGCGCGGCCACUCGCAGCCGAGGUUGCCGCCCGUUGCGCCCAGAGCAGCGCUGCUCCGGAGACCCUGGCCAUUGCUGUGGCCUGUGCGGCCAAUGCCGGUGCUCUCAACGUGGCGGAGGCUGCCCACAAAGAGACGACGCUGCUUGAGACCCUCGGGAACCUGGAACAGGCGACGAAGUCGGCCGUGCAGCUCUGUCUCUAUGAGGAGUCGGAAGAGCGCCUAUGGAUCGUCAGGGAAGCCUGGCCAGUGGUGGAAUCGCUAGGUUUGUGGCCGGCGAGCGAGGAGACUGCUCGCAGAGAAGCAGACAUUGCGGCGAUCGCGAAGUUGCAGCCGGACGACGGCGCGGGGUUCAGUGCGAUCCUUCCAGGCGGCGUGGACGAGGAGAUGGGCGUGGAGCUGGCGAAGGCCGAGCUUCCCGAAGCCGAGGCCAUGCCAGUCGAAGCUGUUGCCGAAGCAGAAGAAGUCUGUGUGGCCGACGCCCCCUCCAAGGAGGAAGAAGCGAGGAUGUCCCUUCAGCCUUCGUCUAUAGGCGAAGGGAGCUACCCAGGGCUCAGAGGAUUUCUUCCGUACCUCUUGGACAUGCAACACCAUCAGAACUUGCCGCAGCUGAUGCCCGAGGACAAGGCGGCACUGAGAAACCACAAGGAGAAGCUGCUGACUGUAGUCAGCGAGCUUACUGCUGAAAUGCUGCCAACUCCUGUGACUCCGCUCCCGGUCUUCACAGUAAUCUUGACAAGUUGCGACGGCCCCCUGAGCUUCGCUGCGCGAUCGACGGCCGUAUCUGUACGGACUCAGAGUUUCAAUCCCGGAGUGAAGAUGUUGGUGUUUAGCCUUUUACGGGCUUUUAACAUGGAUGGCGAAACUGUGGAUCCGAGUCCGGUGGCACCAGAUGCCGGAGCGGCCUCCACGGGAUUCUUGGGAGGUCUCCAGAGGGUGGUGCAAGCUGUGGAGAGAUCGGUUCCACAACUGGUCGUCCUUCAGUACGGAGGUCCGGCCUCCGUCAGCGAGCCACGCGCAGCAGGGCCACCGUCAGCUUCUUCGAGCGAUAUUCAGGCGGAAGUGAGGAGACAGCUGUCUGAGUACAUGGCGGUGAGAGAUGAGGAAGGUACGCCAGACCCUCUAAGCGUAGUCUUGACUGGUAUGGCACAACUACAGGGCUUAGUGGAUAUGAAUCCCAGCAAUGAAAGUGUUAUGAAGCUUCAUGCGCAGAUGUUGAGUGAACUGGAGGCAGUGAACCACCGGGGCGUUAAAGAAGGGGAUAAGGAUAAGGUAAAGGAUGGUAGCGCGCAGGCCAAGGUGAGAGGUGUUGAUGCGCCGACACCUCCUCCUGUUCGAACUUUUGAUACCCGUGAGGAGAGUGAUAAUAGGCUAGCCAAGGCCCUCGCGCUCUUGGUGCCAGUCACCUUAGCGGGUGACUCCCGUCAGGUCUCUUCAAGUUUAUGCCCGGUUUUGCAAGAGGAUCAGGCGCUGAAAUUGAUAGCAGAGCUUGAAGAUCGGCGGUUGAAAGCGUUUAAUGAUGAUGUGCAGUGCUUGGAAGCCCAGAUAGAGCAGAUUGAGGUCCCCGAAGAUCCCACCACCUUGUUACGCCGAUUUGCAUCGUCGGGCUGUAGAAGGGAUGCCCUUCAAGCAAUCAUCGCUCAGCCAUACCUGGCGACCGUGACUGAAGGAGUCAAGGCUAAGCUUGCUGAGGAUCUGUUGGGAUUGGACGAUUCGUCCGGUGCCAGGAUGUUGAAGGACUCCCAAGGCUCAUGCGUGCUUCAGUUCCAAGAUGUCUUCCUUUGGUCGCUUGCAUCCGCUGUUAGGGGUCAAGGCAUACCUCUGGUGACGGAGAAUCUUGAGCUGAGGGGUGCUCGGGGUCAGGAUUUCAUUCGGUGGUCUGGAAUGAAGGUGGUGGAAUUCAGUCAGGGUGCCCUAGGCUAUAAGUACAUAAGGCCCACAAGGAUUGUGACGAAUCUUGAGUUGGGUUUUCUAUCUGACUUGCCAUGGGUAGGGCUGGACGAAAAGGCCGUCUCAGGCCCUGAGUGGUCUCAUGAAUUCCGAGCAGAACUAGUCAAGGCCCUGAAAGGAAGCCCGUCGGGUCCAACGGUGGACUCGUUAGAUAGCAUCAUUCGUGAGGCCCUUGCUUCAAAGCCAGAGGGUAACAGGACUACGUUGCCUACGGUGGAUGAUGAAGCGUUGAUGCGCAUGUUUUGCGAUGAGAGUGAUGUCGAAGGAGAAGAAGAGGCGCCGACUGAGCGGGAUGUUAAACCAUACGGUGAUGAUGAGCCAGUGAUGGAAGUGAAGGAGGUGACACCGAAGGAUAUGGAAAUGUGGAAACGUCAUGUGGCCAACGGUUCAACGAAAUUGGACCAGGAUAAGUGGGAUGAUCUAGUUGAGCUGGAAUUCCCGUAUAGCGUUACAGCCAUUGUGGGCUGGGAUUUCACGACUGGUGAACCGGUUGGACACCCGCCUCUUAACCUUGAAGAGUCCGAUAUGCAAGAGUUCCUUGAUGAAAGGGGAGUGGGACAUGUAUCCACUCGACUGCUUGCUCUGGGAGUUGAUUGCCCAGCGGAUCUGGUGUACCUCUACAUCGAGGACCUGAUGGAGUUCGGCUUGAGGGAGGAAGAGGCAAGAGCUGUGACUGGGGAGGUUCGGCUUAUGGAUAGGCAGCACCGGAAUUGGCCAAAUGAAGUUGAUGAUGACGGCAAUGAUGUAGAAGAAAUGUUUCAAGACACAGGUUCAAUGGAGUUGCCAUGCCCACAGGUAGCUAUGUCAUCUGCCGGUGUGGAAGAGCCUCGUGUCCUCGAUGGCCAACUGUGUGAUGAUUAUGAGAGUUAUUCCAUGAUGAUGCAACAGAUGUGGGAAGAUGUGAGUGAUCCGGUUGCUCCAUCCACCUCACAUACAGGUGGGAACGUGAGCGCUUCCUCCAAUGAUCCUAUCGAGGGGUUUCCACGCACGUAUCCGACGGAGUUGCCGGACCCACGGGACCUUGAUAGAUACCAGUGUAGGGCACUUCACUUCGAAGGGCCUAGAUCGAAGCACUUGGACGUUGGCAGGACAGCCACUCCAAGUAGCUCGGUUCAGUGCACUUGGCAUCCAGUCGAGUCCCCGCAGAGGACUGACAACGAGAGGGGACGGAUUGAUGUUCCUCUUGAUGAUCCUCUGUCGGCAUUAUCCUUUGCGGGAAGGGUAUGCGGUGCUGUGCACAGUGUCCAGAAAGUGGAUGAAACCAUGUUCACUAAGGAUGUUGAAGGCCUCAUUGCAAAUCUUACCAGUCCUUUAAAGGUUGUUCAUAACGUAUCCCCGGCGGAAGUGAGGGCUCAUUUGGCAGAGUGGAAACCGUCAGCCAUUGCAGAAGUAGAAGCCUUAGAGAACAUGAUGGCAAUUAGACGACUGCGUGGUAAUGCUGCUAUUGAAGCAGCUGCUGUUCCCGGCACACAGCUUCUCCCGGCGAAACCUGUGUUCACUUUGAAACCUGGUACAGGUGAUGCAUGGUUCAAGCGCAAGUGCCGCAUUGUCGGAUGCGGGAACUAUGAGCAGAGGGAUGAUAGUCUCGAGCUUUACGCGAGUGGCGUCCCAGCGGACGUCCUCCGUACGGCGCUUGUGGAGUCUUCCGCCAGUUCUUAUGGUGCUUUCAUCACUGAUAUUAAGAAUGCCUUCUUACUGGCACCAAUCCCGGAAGCUGAGAAGGUGAGAAUUCUUCUGAAACCACCGAGAAUUUUGGUGUUGAUGCAGAUCGUUGAUGAGAAUGAGCUCUGGCUCAUAGACAGAGCAAUGUACGGCUUGAGACAAUCACCGAGAUGGUGGGGAAGCUUCCGAGACGCCACAUUAGCUUCUGCAUCAUGGCAAGGGGACACGGGAUCUACAAGGUUUGUUCAGUCUAAGGUUGAGUCCAACCUGUGGCGUUUGAUGAAUGAUCGUGAUGAGACGGUUGGAUUAGUAAUAGUCUACGUUGAUGAUCUCAUGUUCUUGACAUCAGACAGUGAAGCUGAGAAGGUGCACACUUGGUUGAAGAGUGUGUGGCAGUGUACGCCUCUUCAGAAGGCGGCGCCCCAAAAGCCAAUCACCUUCCUUGGCGUAGAGGUGUAUGUUGAGAAGGACUCUGUUGGCAACGUAGGCUUCAAGCUUGGCCAACAAGGCUACAUCGAAGAACUACUUCGCUGCCAUGAAGUGACCCCAAAGCACCGUUCGCCAUUGUCCAAAGAGAUGGUGAAAGAAUUACCGGAGAAUGAGGACUACACUCCGAGUGAACUACGUGAGGCGCAACGAAUCACAGGAGAGCUAUUAUGGCUGUCCCAGAGAACGCGUGUGGAUAUUGCUUUCAGCGUGUCCCUCAUGGGCACCGUGAUGAGCCAGAGUACGGAAGCAAUGAUUGUAGACCUCAUAGGCAGUGGAACUUCCAGAACUCGCCACUUGAGGGUGAGAUCGGAGUUCAUGAAGGACCAAGUUGACAAACGCGAGCUUGAAAUCGACCAUUGCCCAGGGGAUGUGCAGUUGGCGGUUGCAUUCUUGAGGACCUCAGACCGUGUGGCAAUCCCUCAGGAGUUUCAGCUGAGUCUGUGCAAGAUGAUGAAGCGUUUGAACAUGAGCCCUUGCCGUGAAGUUGGAACGCAAACGGACUUCAAACAGGGUCUCACCUACGAAGAGAUGUGUGAAAUCCAUAUGACCACUAGCCAGGAAAUCGGUGAUUGUGAGAACCCUCCCAAAGGGAUGUUUCUCAAGGAGGAGUGUCGAAUUCCCUUCCCUAGCAUAGUAUCCUUCGGGGGCGUCCGCCGGCCACGAAUUGGGGUGCUGGAAGAGUUUGACCGCCUUCGGGCGAGAGGCCCCAUGCCGGGGCCGUGGACGCGAUUCAGGAAGGACCCAGAUGCCUGGGCUUCCUGGAAUCCCCAACCUGGGGACUACGCUGAGGCACGUGUCUUCGACAUAACUGGUGCCUCUCAGGGGACCAUCGUGGUCCGAAUGGUGGGGUGUGACCCCAAAGGUGCCGCCGGCCAGUGGCUUAGUGUCGCUGUGGUCGCGGUCUCCGACGAGUACCUCCAGUGGUGGCUAGAUGCCGGCCCGGGGUACGUCAACGACCGGGUGUUUUGGAUGCACCUUUGCUCCAAGCCCCAGUCCCGCUGUCGGGCUCGCAAGGACGACCCCGCCUUUGAGUUCCACGUGGACGAGCUCCGCACCUUGGCCCUCGGAGACCUGACAGCGGGAACUCCCGACUUCCUAAAGCACGGACAGGCAGCCGCCGAUCUCCGAUGGGAGUUGGACCGGCUAGCUCCGAAGGAGCGGGAGACAAGAGCUCCCCCUUACGGGGCUGUAGACCCCGGGAGAGCCCCCGCUGGCCUGGGACAGGCCUUGUCCGAGCUUGCCGCGGACCUCGAUGAAGGCCCGGCGAAGCCAAAGGGCAAAAAGAAGCGGAAAGCAGAGGGAGGCCUCUUGGCACUCGCUGAGGCGGAGAGCACCUCACCCCCCGCGCGGGGAGGCGGAGCCGGGGCCCUGGCCAAGAAGAAAAAGAAGAAGAAGAAGGAGAAGGGCCCCGACGCCCAUCUGGAGAAGAAGAGGCGCAACUGGUGCAAAGCGGAAGCACCGGAGAGCAUCUCUUCAAAUACCUCCAGGGAGCAGGACUCCAGUUCCAGCUCACCCUCUGCGGAGGAGGCACGGGGGUCCAAGGACAGGGCCGUGGCCAAGAAGAAAAAGAAAAAGAAGAAGAAGGAGAAGAAGGGCAAGCCCGAUCGGGGCCCCUUCGGAGUCGGCACCAAGAUCCAGUUUGGGGAUCAAGGGGACUCCGACUCCUCUGAGUCGGGUUUUCAAGACUCUCCGACCGUGCAAGACCGACACCUGGCCCUCCUGGAGUACGCCGAGCGCGUGCCGGGGAGGCUGGCGUCGAGGCUUCUGCUGAAAAUGCAGGCGUUGCUAGCGCGCACGGGAGGGGCGGUCAAGAACGUAGCCCGGAGAGGAGACCCAGCACCGGCCGUGGCCGUGUCGUACUUCCUGACGGUCCUCAGCAACGAACACCGCCAGGCGAUGACCGUCCGAGUGGCGAGGGAGCUUCGGACCCUCUGCAAGGUGCUCGACCACCUUGUGGACGGCGAGACCCGUCAGGCGGCCGACGUAGCCGCUCAGCGGAUAAAGGCCCUGGACGUGUUCCUGGCAGAGGGUCAGUGGUUCAGGGCUCAGCACCUCGAGCUCAUCCCCCGCGAGGGCUCCACCCUGGUGGAGACCGACGAGGCCAUGCUGAUGGUGGCCCAGCAGAAGCUGGAGCAGAAGCUGAAAGGGGGAGGAAAAGGGUGGUAUCCUCAGGGAAAGGGGAGCGCCCAAGCCGAGGGCGGUCACCAGACCGCGGAGCCCGACAAGAAGGGAGAGAAAGGGGGGAAAGACCCCGACCAGGAGCCAGAUUGGGGGGGAGACGAUCCUCCCGAUCCGGGCCCAGACCCGGGAGGCAACGAACCAGAAGAUGAGGAGGAGGACUCCGAGGAAGAAGAGAAGGAGGUGGAUGAUGUUGUCUCCGCUGAUCCUCCCUUUGAUCUCCAAGAGGACUACGACGCCCUCGGAGAUACCGAGGACACCUUCGACUGGGUCGCGCCCGAGGCGCGCAAGAGCUGGGGCCACGAAGGGCUCUUGCUCCACGUCCAGAACCUCUUCCGCAAGGGCGUCAAGUGGAGGGAUGUGGCUGACUGGCUGUGCGUCAACUCGCGCAAUUUCCCUACCCGGUGGGGCGCCUUCCACAGCGUUUGUGCCAUCCAGGAGGCGAGCCACCCAGGCGCUCCCACCACUAGGGACGGCCCCAGCGACAUCCUCCCCAUCUCCAUCUCCGCCCUCGAUGCGGAAGGGCUUCUUGAACCGCGUGUGCGCGGGAUGGUCAAGGCCUAUUUCAUGGCCGCCAACUACCUCUUCUGCUGCGGGUGGCACCGGCCUAUCUGCUUGCCGGCCCCCCCGGGAUUGUCCGAACGGCAACGGACCGCGGUCCAGAGCUUGGCUUCUAUGAUGGAGCCCUGUGGGGCCGAUGAAGAGGGCCUUGGGACUUACGAGGAGGCCAGGGACAUCCUGGAGGCGGUGGAUUUCGACUACGAGGGGAAGGAGAUCCACCGCAUCACUGACAUCAACCCCGAGCUGGUGAUCGCCGCUUGGCCAAAGGAAGGCGAGGCGGCCGUGUGUCCCGCGACUCACUUCAUCGAAGGGGACCUUCUUGAAGCCGUCCUCAACCCGAAGAGGCACUGGCGGGAGGCGGCCGAGCAGCCAGCCGUUGCCAGGAAAGGUGCGGUUCACGCCACGGACGAGGCCUGGGCGCAGGUGGUGGAAGGGCACUUCGUCACUAACGGUGCGGGUGCGGUCAAGAAGCUCAAGGAUGGCCGAGAGGUCCAGAGGUUCAUCGCGAACCUCAUCCCGGCCAAUGAGUUUCUCCUGGACCUCCCGGGCGAGCAGCACCUCCUCCCCUAUGUGGCGCAGAUGUCUCUCUUCUGCCUGGAGGAGGACCAGCUCAUAAUGGUGGACUCCGAGGACUUGACCUCGGCCUUCAACCUCUUUACCCUCCCGGAGGGCUGGUCCCGGUACUUUUCCUUCUCCAAGAAGGUGCCGGGACGCUGUCUGGGCUUGUCCCAGGAGUGGGCCAGGCCAGCGUUGCGAGUGGUACCCAUGGGGUGGAGCUCCUCUGUUACCCUGGUCCAGGCCAUCCUUCGAAACCUUGUUUUCAAGAAGGCCUCGAUACCCAGUGCGCUGGAGAUCAACAAGGUGAAGCCCUUCCCGGGCAGCCACGGGGCCAUGCUCUACCUGGACUCCUUUGAUGAAAUCAGGGUGGUGAACGCUGCUCUUUCGGACCUCCUGAGCGGAGAGGAGUCGGAGAACCACAAGCGGUUCAAGGAAGCCUGCCAGCGACACGGGCUCCCGCUCAAUGCCGGGAAGUCCCUGGCUGGGGCGGUCCAGGCAGGGAUCCAGGGGGGCCAUCUGGAUGGAAAGAAGGGAACCCUCUCCUUUGCUCCCGACAAGGCCCGGAAGCUAGUGAAGGCCUCGCUGGCCCUUAUCGCCGAGGGGGCGUGGACAGAGCGUAUGCUUAGGCGCUGGGUGGGCCUCGCCACCUUCGCCGCCGCCUUCCGCCGACCGCUUUUCUCGGUCCUCCAGGAAGUCUUCUACCUGAUAGAAGAAGCGAAGCACGGCCCGGUGGCUUCCAACAAGGCAGUCAUCGAUGAGAUCAUCGCCUUUAUCUGCAUGCUCCCGAAGCCAGGACCGACCUGCGGGCGAGAGUUAGGAGAAGGCUCGUCUGCACAGACGCUUCUCCCUACGGCGGAGGAGCCACCGUGGCCACAGUCCCAACCCAAAGGGUCCGGGGUAUCUCCUAGCGACGUGUCGGUGUCUCCUAGUGACGCUCCCGUCUUCUGGGCUCUCUGGGGCGAGGGCCUGGACCCUGCACCCAAAAUAUGCCACGUACCCUGA